AACCUUGGGGGCCGUGCGCGACGACGGUGUUGUGCGUUUUGUUCCGCGGUUUUCAUUUCUCGAGGAAGGGCUCCAGCAGCGGAUCGACGACGAAAAUCGGAGGGCCCGUCGCGAAAAGCAGAUCACGCAACAACGGGUUUGGGAUCGUGGUAAGUGCUCGUGUGUGCCUGGUCAAGUACCGUGUUUAGUCCGUGCGGAGGUUCAGAAAUAAGAUGUUGGCCACGGGGAUUUUCCCUUUUUUGUGCUAGUGAGUUUUAGUGUUCAAGAUGAACAGUGAAGUGAGUCAGUUGUGGCUGGGUGCGGUGCACGGGGCUAGGCCGAGUUCUAGUGAAAAUCUUUACAACGAUCUUCUCGGGUGCUUCGAUCGUCGGAAAUAGUAUGGGCAGCGCGGCGCAAAACUAGUUUCCCACUCGCCAGCUCGCAAUUCCGUCGUGUGUCCUUGAUGUCAUCUGAUGCCGAUGACGAUGAUGGUGAUGAUUCGUGGCCGUGGCCGCUGUUAGUGUUGUAAUCGCAGUAACGUGUGUGUGGAAAUAUUGUGCGACGCCUACUAAACGAGGGCAGUAAAUGAGAUUCAUAUUAGCGUUUAAUAGUCGUAGCAGGUCAGUGAUUUCGCAACAGGAGGCUAGAGUAAGGAGGUUGCUCCGGUUCAUAAAUCGAAUCCAACCCCGAAAGAAGGUACGGACAACAAACGGAGGUGUGCCAAAGAAAGAGCGAAGGAGAAGGAGGACCUGAAAGGACACAAAAUCAAAGCGCCAGCAAGAAGGAACGGUCCGAACAAGCGCUACCGCCGUCCAGCGUAAAGCGCCCUUGGAAAACCUCGACGCACGGCGAUCGGUGCUAAGGCUGGAAGGAAGUGACCGCACGCUAGUCCUUGAUUGGAUUUUUCCCUUGGCCGAGAGCUAGAGCAAGAGAGAGAGGCGAAGAACGAACAACGGUUACCUUUUGCUUCAGGUUCAAGCCACAGAAGAUUGUAAAAAAGGAAAAAGGCAGAGGAGAGGAAGACGACGACGACGGUACCCCAUCAUCUGCCGUUGUUUGCUACUUGUGUUACUUUGUGUCACUCUGCUGUUCUCCGUCUGCUGAUCUCACACGACAGCAGCUGCUCCGAAUCCGCCGGGUCAUCUCAAGAAUAAGAAAAGAAAAAGAUUGAUUCCAUCGGCCGCUACCAAAAUGGCUGAUCCGGAUACCGCCUGGCUAGAGGAGCUGCUAGCGGAUGUACAGUUGGAGCAGUUUCUACCACGAAUUCGGGAUGAGCUGCAAGUGACACGGUUGGCACACUUUGACUACGUGCACGUGGACGAUCUCGAGAAGAUCGGACUCGGUAAACCCGGCAUACGGCGUCUGCUGGAGGCGGUUAAGAAACGGAAGGCACAACAAUGGCGCCGCAACAUACUAUCAAAGCUGAUCGGUGGCGGAAAGCAACAACCUCAAAAGAAGUCCCAAACGACGACCUCGACGGCGGCCCCUGCGACCGAGGAGGUUCCAGCACUAACCUGCUUGAUUCACGAACGGGACGUUACGCUGUCCGUCAAGCUGGGCGAUGGAUCGUUCGGUGUGGUACGGCGUGGUGAAUGGAGCGCACCGGGCAAUCACGUCAUACCGGUGGCGGUGAAGGUGCUGAAAGCGGACACACUAGCCCAGCCGGGUGUUAUGGAGGACUUCUUCAAGGAGGUACAGGCGAUGCACGCGAUGAACCAUCCGAAUCUGAUCCGGCUGCACGGGGUCGUCCUGUCCCAACCGAUGAUGAUGGUGACGGAGCUGGCGGUCAAUGGGUCGCUGUUGGAUCUGUUGCGCAAACAGUGCAAACACACACCGCUCCCCAUGAUCUGGAACUGGUCGGUACAGAUUGCGACCGGUAUGGCGUACCUGGAGAGCAAACGGUUUCUGCAUCGUGAUCUGGCCUGCCGCAACGUGCUGCUGGCCACCGGGAACAAGAUCAAGAUUGGUGACUUUGGGUUAAUGCGCGCUCUGCCCCAGCAGGAAGAUUGCUACGUGAUGACGGAACACAAGAAAGUACCGUUCCCGUGGUGUGCCCCGGAAUCGUUGCGUUAUCGGCAGUUUAGUCACGCGUCGGAUACGUGGAUGUUUGCGGUGACGCUGUGGGAGAUGUUUACCUUUGGGGAGGAUCCGUGGGUUGGGUUGAAUGGGUCACAGAUCUUGCGAAAGAUUGGACGGGAUGGCGAGCGGUUGCAUCAUCCCGAUGCCUGUCCACCGGAUGUGUACCAGCUGAUGCUCCAGUGCUGGGAUAAGACGCCUUCCGAGCGUCCAACGUUUGCUGCGAUCAAAGAAUUCCUAACCGGUGUACCGCCUCCGAUCUAUCGUGCGAUCGGGAACUUUAACGCCGAAAACCGGCUGGAAGUACAGCAGGGUGAUAUGAUCGUUAUAAUCGACGAUCGGCCGGAACUGCAGUUUCUUAAGGGACAAAACCAGCGUACCUUUGAUAUUGGAACGUUUCCUAGAACUGUUGCUGUUGAUGCGAGGAAAGCGUCAUCGAGUACAGCGGCUGGAUCGAGUGGAGCUGGCUCAGCUGCCAUCAUCAGUCGACCAUUGCAUGAUUCCUUUCGCCAUACGGGACACGGAUCACCGUUUGGCAACUCAUGGGGUAAUCCCGCCAGCUUGGAGAUGGAGGGUGAGGUCAAGCUGAGAAGCAAAACGAAGGAUAUGGUUAACGUUGACCGGCGUGGCAAGUGUAUCUCGGAGCAAUACGUAAAGGAGCGCAAGAGCAAUGCAUCGAAGCAGUUUUCCUACAACAAACUCGUCAACGAAAGUCACCAGAAACAUCACCAACACCAGCAGCAGCUGUUGAAGGAUGCCAAAAAUCGUCCCCUACGGCCACCGCAGCCGCAGAGCAAUGGUACGUCCACGGCUAGUGCAUCGACGACCGAGGGCAUUCUAAUCGAUCUAUCCUCACCGAACGAUGAAACGGAGCGGCACGCAGGACCGGUUGGUAACGCAUCGAAGGUGGGAUCGCUGAACGCCUUGAAUCGACAGGCCAUCAGCAUACUGGAUGAACCGAUCGAUGUGCCGACCGAGGGUGAGGAUCAGUUUUUCAGUGCCUCGGAACAGCCUCUGCAGCAGGUAUCCUUCGAGACAGUUACAGCACUACAGCAGCAUGGCAUAGGAAAGCUGGAACCUCCACCGUAUCAGAUGCCUCCAAAGUACAGCAAUACUUAUGGGAUCGUGCACGAUAGCACAAUGAAUCUCAACAGCAGCUACAGCAAUGGUAGCAUCAUUACGACGAACAGCUUCCCAUCGGAACCGGAUCCGUUUGCGCCACAGGAUCCGGUCGUAACGUCCGACUAUGAGAGUGGUCCAUCGAGCACGGUCAGCGCCCGGGAGCUGAUGGCAAGCAUUAAAAGGCAGCAAACAAUCGAACAAGCUGCACCACCAGGUGUGGGAACCACCAUGCUUGCACCGACCGUCCUACAGCAACCACAGCAGCAGCAACAGCAGCAGCAGCAUCAACUAUCAUCAUCAUCAUCACAGUCGGUCUACGGUAAUAUCAGAGCAUCGGUCUCUAACAUUAACGCCAAUUAUGGUAGGGUAAGCGAUUUGGAUGAGCUUACCUCAAGCAUGCUGGUAACGUUGAAUCAAGCGAACGGAAUGGGCAGUCCGGUUCAGAAUCUCAAUGAAUCUCUCGAGGUGAACGUAAGCAGCAAUAGCGCACUCGCGAAUGGUGGUGGUUUGAUGUCGCCGUGCAGCGUAGGAACAGCGGUGUCCGGUGUCCAGCAGCUCAACGUGACACCGAAGAAGCUGGAUAAACAGUUUUUGGCCGACCUGGAGAAGGAUCUGUACAAGAACGAUUCAUCGGCAGCAAACAGUUCGUCGGCGUACGCCACACGCAAUAAUGCGAAGGAGAUGGCUCACACGAAGUACGACACUACGGCUAAUCUGGCAAUGAGUCAGUAUUAUGCCAACCAGGCCAACACACUGGCAUUGGCUGCCUCACUACAGCAUCAGCUGACACUGUCGCCAAAGAAGCAAAACGUCCAGCAGCAGCAACAGCAGCAGCUAUCCAGUACCAGCACCACUGACACCACCAGCAGUGUCGUGCAGCAGAUGUGGAUGGAACGUACCGUCGGUGAAUCGACCGCACCGCAGCAACUGUACGGCAACACACUGCACGUGUCGUCCUCACCGCAAAAGUCUCACAACUAUGUGGCCCUCUCGAAUCGGCCCAUCAUGCCCAAUGCGGUGGGACAUUAUGGAUCAACUGUAAGCCUUACGGCGACGGCAGCAGCAGCCGCUGCUCCUGGUGGGGGUCCGUCCAAUAUUUACAACAGCGUGUACAAUGGAAGCAUCGCUUCAACCGACCUGUACCAGACGGUGCCAGCCGGAGGCGUCGAUUUGUAUGAUAUUGUCGCACCGACACCGGCCUCACUCUACGAACCUAUUCCUUCGCACCUGCAAGCUCAGCAUCAGAUUUACAACAACGUGAAUCCGGUCACAGGGCACCCGCCACCACUGGUACCGGCGAUCUACGAUGAGGUAUCGAAUGAUUUGGAUUUACGACCGAUACGUCCGGCACCAUCGGCGCCACUGUCUAGCCAACAGAUACAGCGUCGCUUGGAGCGUGCACAACAGGAUCAACAGGUGGCCAGUCUUAUGCAAGAACUCGGUGAUGAGGCAAGCGAGGACGAGGCACGCAAAUCGUUGUCAGCGGUCAAUUGGGAUCAUACGCUAGCGGUGCGACACUUUAAAAUUGAAAGGCUUUGUCGGCUUGGUGUAGCAAACAGAACACGAUGUGAAGAGGCGCUGCAAAAAACGGGAUGGAGUAUUCAACUAGCAGCCACGAUACUGCUCGAGACCUGAAACUAUUCUUGCUCACUAGGCGACAACACACAUUGGGCUUCGUGAGCAUUAGCAACCCCAUGGCCUCCGUCGGGCGUUAGUGAACGCAAAAUGAAAGAAUCCGAUAGCGCCCCUUUUUUAGGAUUAGAAACUCCUUUUUAUUAUUUAACACAAAGGAUAGCUAAUAUUGCUUUUGCUGGCGGCAUCCCUUUUACCACGAUGAACCUCACUGAGCUAUCGAAAUGUGUGCUACCCUUCCCUGCGGCACACAUUCCGUAACGAAUCCAUGAUCUGAAAAUACUGCGGUAUGCAGCCUUCGUACAAUGAAAUGUUAAUGCAAGAGUAUUACUUAUACAGCCGGGUGCUGCGUGCAGAAAAUUUCGCAGACAAGCAGCGUACCUUCCACCCUUUUCCUUAUAGUCGUGUAAAUAUAGGUAUAUACACCCUCUCCCGUUAACGUAGAGUUUUGUUAAAGUUUCAGAUAGUUUCUAGAAAUGCUGGAGGCUUGUUAUCGAAUCGGCGCAAAAGCAACACGCAACGCAACCCAACUGUGACCCGAUAAUUCUCUCUGUUUUUUUACUAGUUUAACCAGAGAACGUCUAUUGUUCGCCAGUAAUCGUAUUCGUGAAGAUAGGUUUUACUGAAAAAUGAACGUGCGUUUGCGUAUCAGGUAAUCAGCGCUGCUAUCCUCCUGGCCAAUCAGCGGUUUAUUCUAAGCCUAAGUCAAUUAGUGAAGGCAUAACUGGCAUCGGAAUUUGUCGCGAGGAGGAAGAGGAAAGGCAUAAAAUAAACGUCCACUAACCGACUAUGGAACGUCGUCAUAGCAAAGUACGAAUAAAUCGCAAGUAUACAAAUCAAAGGAAUAUAAUAAACGUGCUUCUGAUGAUGAUGGAGCAGGAACAGAAAUGCUUAGUUUAGUUUAGAUUGCUCGCGUACCUUAAUUUAAUCUUCCUUAACCCUGUGUACACUUUUCUGAAACAAUCGGUGUGCAACCACCUUGAAGAAAUAAAAUUAUAUUUUUGUCUUGUGAA